CAGGCUUGACUGUCUUGUCCGCCAAGCUAAACCUAAAGCCUUAUAAAACCUCGUAUCAAAAUAUAAAAAAAAGUAGAAAAAGAAAAGAACAAUGGUUGGGGCAAAUCUUAAAUCGGAGACAAUGAAGCUUAUUGAAAAGAGAAGUGGAAUAGAGGCUGAGAUGAACGCCAUAAUUGAGCAGCUUUGUCAACCUGGGGGUCCUGGUCUUUCUGGCAACCUCGUCGAUUCCGAAGGGUUUCCUCGUGCUGAUAUUGACAUCCCAUUUGUCCGAGCACAACGGCAUCGUCUUGUUGAAUUGAAAAACGAUCACCAGGAAAUUACAGAAAAAAUACACGUUAAUAUUCAAGUUUUGCAUUCUGUAAAACGCACUUCAACCCCUAAAGAAUCAGGUUUUGAAAUGAAUCAAAAUGCACCAGCUGUCGAUGUUGGUACAUCAGUGUCCUUGCAAAACCUUUCUUCUAGAGAUUCUCAGGGUGCCAAUGACGUGUAUAUGAUUUCUAGUAUGCCCUUUGCAAUGGUUGAUGAAAUAGCUGAUGCAUCUCCGGCAGCUGAGGAUGGUUUACAACUAGGAGACCAGAUUGUUAAAUUUGGUAAUGUGAAAGCUGGUGAUAAUUUGCUACAACGACUAGCUUCUGAAGCUCAGGUUAAUCAGUGUCAUCCCAUACCUGUCACAAUCAUGAGACAAGGAGCAUUGUUUAAUCUAUCAGUGACUCCUAGAACAUGGCAAGGCAGGGGCUUGCUAGGAUGCCAUUUUCGUAUCAUGUGAUUUUCAUAUCAAUGGAGCAGAAUACAGCAAUUUGGUUGCCUUUAUUUUAUCUGUUUUAAGACAAUACUCAGAUGGGCAUAUUAGAAUGACUUUUUAUGGUGUAUAUAUAGAUUCUUGAGGAUCCAAAUGUUUUUUUUUUUGAAUAAAUCCAAUGUUUUUGUUGCAUUGUUGAGAUGUUCUUGUUUCUUUUAUUUUAUCUUUUGAGAUAGUUAAGAUCCUUUAAAUACUCUCUCUAAUUUGUGAGGUAAGGGAAGUCAUUGCCGCUAUUAUUGUGUCACUUAGCUUGUAAUGAGUCAAAACUAUGUAAAGAUGAAUAAAAUAAAUUUCU